AUGUUUGUUGAAAAUUCUACAAAUGCAACAAAAACUAGUUUAUUAUGGUUUAAAACAUUAAUCAAUCUGAGUACAUUAUUCGGUAUUAUUAUUGCAAUUAUCGUAUCAUUGUUUACAAUUUUAUUAGUUGUUGUGAGUUAUUGUCGUCGACGAUAUAAUGCUCAAAACAGUGUCUCUAUGUUAUUAACAUGUAAUACUUGUCUAACCGUUUUUUGUUCAUGUUUAAUGUUAUUUUACAUGAAUUUUGCCAGUAUUUCUGGUGAUUGGCAUCUAUCAAGUCUAUAUUUCUUUCAACAAUGGUGUAUCGGACGUGGCUACCUAUUAUUUGUAUUUAUUAAUGCAAUUUAUUUGAGCUAUUGUUUACAAGCAUUUUUUCGUCUUUGUCGUAUUGCAUUUUACAAAUGUAAAUAUUUACAAAUGUUUAGAAAUUAUCUUUUAUUCAUAUUAGUUCAAUGGUCUCUAUCGUUUCUUUUAAUAUUACCAAUGCGUAUACGUCGUUUUAUUGUUUAUUUACCGAAUGAAUUUUAUUGUCAAGUACCAAUGACAAAUUUAAAAGCAAUUGUUUUUUCAAUAUUAGGUGUCUAUUUUAUUCCAUUAUGUCUUAUAUGUAUCAUUUACAUAUGGAUAAUAGUCUAUAUUCGUCGUCAAUCAAUUAUACAUAUUCGACGUCAACAAAAUAUACGUGAUUCACGUAUUUUAAAACGAAUAUGCUUUAUUAUUAGUAUUUUACUUGCAUUGGGUAUACCGUCGAUAAUAUUUGUAAUUUUAUUUACUAUUACUGUUCGAUUACAUUCAAUGGCCUAUCGUAUUGGCUGGUUUACAAUAUCAUUAUCUCUAGUCUUCAUAGCUUUAAGUUCAGUCUAUUUAAUACCACAAGUAUCAAUGAUCUCAUUAUAUAACUAUUUAACAGCAAUUAUAACUUCCAUCAGUUAUGGAAAUAGUGCUUCUCAAACCUCUAAUGCAAGUUAUAUGCGAAUUACUUUACGAACACUUCAAAGAUCAUCGAAUAGUAAUAUUAAAAGUGACUCAAAUCAUCAUACUAGUGAACAAUUAUAG